AGAUGUCCACCCGCACGCCGCUGCCCACCGUCAACGAGCGGGACGCCGAGAACCACACUUCUGUUGAUGGAUAUACGGAGCCCCAUGUCCAGCCCACAAAAUCAAGCAGCAGGCAAAACAUACCCCGUUGCAGGAACUCAAUCACAUCCACAAAUGAAGACCAUCCUCACAUUGGGAAUUACCGCUUACUCAAAACAAUAGGAAAAGGAAAUUUUGCUAAAGUGAAGCUGGCUAGACACGUUCUUACCGGUAGAGAGGUUGCUGUGAAAAUAAUAGACAAAACCCAGCUAAAUCCCACCAGUCUACAAAAGCUGUUCCGAGAAGUACGAAUAAUGAAGAUAUUGAAUCACCCUAAUAUUGUUAAAUUGUUUGAAGUGAUUGAAACGGAGAAAACGUUGUAUUUAGUAAUGGAAUAUGCCAGUGGAGGCGAAGUAUUUGACUACUUGGUUGCACAUGGAAGAAUGAAAGAGAAAGAAGCACGUGCAAAAUUUAGACAGAUUGUGUCUGCUGUUCAGUACUGCCAUCAAAAGUGUAUUGUUCAUCGUGAUCUUAAGGCAGAAAAUCUCCUUCUUGAUGGAGACAUGAACAUUAAAAUUGCUGAUUUUGGUUUUAGUAAUGAAUUUACCAUUGGCAAUAAACUAGACACUUUUUGUGGAAGCCCUCCAUAUGCUGCCCCUGAACUCUUUCAAGGAAAGAAAUACGAUGGCCCGGAAGUAGACGUCUGGAGCCUCGGAGUAAUUCUUUACACUCUAGUUAGUGGAUCGUUGCCCUUUGACGGUCAGAAUUUAAAGGAACUGAGAGAACGGGUAUUACGGGGGAAGUACCGGAUACCAUUCUAUAUGUCCACAGACUGUGAAAAUCUACUGAAAAAGCUACUUGUGUUGAAUCCAAUCAAGAGAGGGAGCCUGGAACAAAUAAUGAAAGACCGAUGGAUGAAUGUUGGCCAUGAAGAAGAAGAAUUAAAGCCAUAUAUUGAGCCUGAGCCAGAUUUUAAUGACACCAAAAGAAUAGAUAUAAUGGUUACAAUGGGUUUUGCAAGAGAUGAAAUUCAUGAUUCUUUAGUAAACCAAAAAUAUGAUGAAGUCAUGGCUACUUACCUGCUCCUAGGCAGAAAACCACCUGAGUUUGAAGGAAGUGAGUCCCUGUCCAGUAGUAACCUGAGUCAAAGAUCUCGACCAAGCAGUGAUCUCAACAACAGUUCGACGCACUCUCCCGCUCAGCUGAAAGUCCAGAGGAGUAUAUCGGCCAAUCAGAAACAACGACGGUUCAGCGAACAUGGUGGGGAUGGCAUUCAAACAAUUGGCCCAGCAAUUCCUCCUGCUGUCUCAUACUCAAAAAGGGGCCAAGCAAAUAGUGUGGAGAGUGAACAUAAAGAGGAAUGGGAUAAAGAUGUAGCACGUAAACUUAGCAGCACUACAGUUGGGUCCAAAGGAGAGAUGACAGCAAGCCCGCUUGUGGGCCCUGAAAGGAAAAAAUCAACUCCUGUUCCAAGCAAUAAUGUGUUUGCUGGGACUAGCAUGACACGAAGAAACACCUAUGUCUGUGAAAGGUCUACAGAUCGCUAUUCUGCCAUACAGAAUGGAAAAGACAGCAGCCUAACGGAAAUGUCUGCAAGCAGCACCUCUUCUGCUGGCUCUGCUGCCACUUGUGCAAUAGCGACACGACCUCGACACCAGAAGUCCAUAUCUGCCUCUGGACACCCAAUAAAAGUUACAUUGCCAACGAUCAAAGAUGGCAGUGAAACUUACCGGCCAAGCGCAACUCAAAGAGCGCCUGCUGCUUCCCCGUCUGCUCACAGUAUUAGCACUAGCACUCCAGACCGAACCCGCUUUCCACGGGGGAGUUCAAGUCGCAGCACUUUCCAUGGCGAGCAGCUACGGGAGCGGCGCAACGCCACUUACAACGGCCCCCCUGCAUCGCCGUCGCACGAGACAGGCACGUUUGCUCAGACUAGAAGAGGGACGUCAACUGGCAUUAUCAGCAAGAUAACAUCCAAAUUUGUUCGCAGGGAUCCAAGUGAAGGCGAAGCCAGUGGCAGAACUGACACCUCAAGGAGCACUUCUGGAGAACCAAAAGAGCGAGAAAAGGAGGAUGGCAAAGAUUCUAAGCCACGGUCUUUGAGGUUCACCUGGAGUAUGAAGACCACGAGUUCCAUGGACCCAAAUGACAUGAUGAGAGAGAUUAGAAAAGUGUUAGACGCUAACAACUGUGACUAUGAACAAAAGGAGAGGUUCCUGCUCUUCUGCGUUCACGGCGAUGCACGACAGGAUAGCCUUGUCCAGUGGGAGAUGGAAGUUUGUAAAUUGCCCCGCCUAUCGCUCAACGGAGUCCGCUUCAAGCGAAUAUCUGGGACUUCGAUCGCCUUUAAGAACAUUGCAUCCAAAUUAGCUAAUGAGCUUAAGCUGUAAAGGGUAGCGUCAUUUCUGGGAUCAGGGAAGAUUCAUACGUGAUCUGAGCUUACAUUCUGAAUGUACUGGUUAUGCCUAACAUUGAUUGGCCUGUGAAACGCCCGUGUAGAGAUUGUCCCUAUUGCAAUAAGGUUAUACAUAGUUAUUCUGAAUUGUACAAUUUAAUUCAGUAUGACCUAUAUUAAAAGAAAAAAACUGUAGCUAAAGAAGUUAUGUUCACAUGUACAGGUUAAGUAUAUAGAGCAUUCUGUUCAUUUUAUGUUCAUAGAGUUGUAUAAUAAAAAGGAGGCUUAAAAAUCCAGAUCUUGUAUAGUUGCCUAGAGAUCUGCACAGAAGAGUGUUUCACUUUGAGUUGGAAAGACCUUCCUGUCAUUAUUUACAUUUUUUGUGGUUUUUAUAAUUCUUACCUCCUAUCAUGCCUUUUUUAAAACUGCAUCCAUAAUAGAAAUGCACAAAAAAUUGUUUUCACAACUGUAGCAUGGACAAUUUUAGUUAUUUA